AAUUUAGGUGGGUCAUUUGCAAAAAUUAAUGGAGGAAAAUGAAAGUGGGUGCCACAGCUUUGUUCCUUUUCCACUGAUAACAGCAACUUCCCUCUUUUUAAAUUAGGGAAAUUCUAGUUCUGAAAAACUUACAUUUUUAUAUUAUUUUUAUGUAAUUUUUUUUUUUCAGUAUGGGUGAAUACUCUACUGAUGCACCUUUACUAUUAAAAACACCUGAAGUUGAGAAGAAAACAACACCUUCAUUAUUCAAAUCAUCAGCAAAAUGGGUUCUGAAAUCUGUAAUAUGGGUGGUUUUUGUUUCCUGGAUUUUGCUCAUGUUUCUUUAUCCUUCAGAUUUUAUGACUCAUUUGGUUAAUCAUAACUGGAUUAAUGCUACUAAUGGAACUGUUUUUGGGUUAACAGGAAGUUUGUUUUUUGCUUUCACUGCACCAGUUAUGUUAUUGGCAUUUCUUGCCAUGUUGUAUCUCAUCAUCUCAGAUGAGGAAGAGAUUCAAGAGAGCAAGGCUUCGAAACGUCCUGCUUUGCGCUUGUGGACAUUCCCUGUAAUGGUGGACGGACCGUUUGGGGUGGUUAAUGCAGCAGAGUUCAUUGGGAUACUUCUCGCUGUUGUGUUCGUUAUUUGGGCCUGUGUUGUUGUUACUAUACACAACUGGAAACUGAUCUCUUCAUCUGAAGCAACUUCCUUCUCGAAGAGCUGUUUGAUGUUGGAGCAGUCAGGAGCUAAACUUGGACUGAUUGGAUUGUUUUGUUUAUCACUUCUUUUUCUCCCCAUUUCGAGGGGGUCUAUUCUUCUUCGCCUUAUAGACAUCCCUUUUGAGCAUGCCACCAAAUAUCAUGUUUGGUUGGGACAUCUUACUAUGGUGCUCUUCACUCUGCAUGGAUUGUUUUAUGUAAUUGCUUGGGCAAUGGAGGGCCGACUGGUAGAGCAAAUAUUGGAAUGGAGAGAUAUUGGUGUUGCCAAUCUUGCUGGUGUCAUAUCCCUUGCAGCUGGUAUAUUGAUGUGGGUAACUUCCCUGCCUGGAGUAAGGAAGUGGAACUUCGAGUUAUUUUUCUACACCCAUCAACUCUACGUCGUUUUUGUUGUAUUUUUUGCUAUGCAUGUUGGUGACUUCAUAUACUGCAUGGCUGCUGGAGGAAUAUUCCUCAUCAUGCUUGAUCGUUUCUUAAGAUUUAUCCAAUCUCGUAAGACAGUGGAUAUAAUUUCUGCGACAUCACUUCCUUGUGGAACUGUGGAGCUUGUGCUUUCAAAACCUGCAUGUCUUAGGUACAAUGCUCUCAGCUUUAUCUUCCUUCAAGUUCGGGAAUUAUCUUGGCUUCAGUGGCAUCCUUUCAGUGUCUCAUCUAGCCCUCUAGAGGGUAAAAACCAUCUCUCAGUUCUCAUAAAGGUUCUUGGAGAGUGGACAGAUAAGCUUAAAGGAAAAGUGUCAAACAAUCAAAAGGAGCCUCAGAAGCUUCUCGAAACUCAGCUAAAAUCUUUGGUAACUGCUUCUGUGGAGGGACCUUACGGACAUGAAUCACCAUAUCACUUGACGUACAAAUACUUGGUCUUAGUGGCUGGUGGCAUUGGUAUAUCUCCCUUCCUUGCUGUUCUAAGUGAUGUCAUGCAUCGUCUCAAAGAAGGAAAACCUUGCAUGCCCAGAAACAUCUAUAUUGUUUGGGCUAUCAAAAACUCAGAUGAGCUGCCACUUCUGUCAAUGAUUAAUAUUGACUCCAUAGACCCCAUUUUCUAUGAUGCCUUAAAUCUCGACAUUCAAAUUUAUGUCACUCGACAAUCAGAACCUAAACUGGAAGAGGGGAAAUCAUUUGGAGCUAUGAAUACCUGCACAUAUCCUGUCUCAAAGCGAUCUGCCAUAUCAGUUUUGGUUGGUACUGGAGAUAACAUAUGGUCUGGGAUUUACAUCAUUGCUUCUUCAAUUGGCUUUUUGAUCUUCCUGGGUUUGUUGGAUGCGCUUUACAUAAAUCCUUAUGGUAUACAAGCUUGGUGGUACAAAGGACUUCUUGUAUUUUUGUGCAUGGUAGCUGCUGUUGUCGUCUUUGGGGGUCUAGUUGUGGCCCUUUGGCAUUUAUGGGAGCUGAGAAUGUUGGCCGCUGAGAGUAUAGAAUCUAAUACCAAGACAUCUAACACGGCGCUUCAUGAUGUUGCAGUUGAACAGAAGAAUUCAAAUCAAGAUUAUCUUAUUAAUUCAAGUACUCUUCGGUAUGGAUGUAGGCCAGAUUUCAAAGAAAUAUUUGAAUCAUUGUCAGAACAAUGGGGGGCAGCUGAUGUUGGUGUCUUAGUCUGUGGUCCUGAAACACUUACAUCAACGGUUGCCAAGGAAAUAAGAUCACACAGCCUAAGCAGGAAGCAAAAUCAUCCGGUUUUCCACUUCAAUAGCCAUAGCUUCGAUCUCUAGAGUAAUGUAGUAAUUAUGCCAUGUAUUUCGUAAUUUUACCUAUAAGUUCAGUACUGGUAAUAGGAAGGCAUAAGUCUGCAUGCCCUUCUCCAGAGCUUUGCUUUGGCACAAGCUCUUUCACAUAUCUCCAUUAUGUUGUUACUUGUUACAACCGAGCUUAGUAGUGUAAUUUUACAUUUUUACUUUAUUCUGUUUAUUGUACAAAUGUAUGUUAUGUGAAGAGGUUGUAUGGUACUUUCAUUUGGCAAUGUAUAUACAGUAAUACUUCUUAUGUACAGGAGUACAGAUUGUACA